CAGAGGCGGCGCCCGCUGAGGCGACGUGUCCCCUCCACGGCCGAUGGCCGCCGCCCGCCGCGCUCCGCGCCCGCGCUGACUGAUGUAUUUGAAGAGGCCGGCGGGCGGCCUCGCCUUCUGCCUCUUCUACCUGGCCUCCAGCUUCACCAACAAGUAUGUCCUGUCUGUCCUGCAAUUUACCUACCCUACCCUUUUUCAAGGGUGGCAAACACUGGUGGGUGGACUUCUGCUUCACAUCUCCUGGAAGCUGGGCUGGGUGGAGAUAAACCUGUGUUCAAGGUCUGAAAUUCUGUCAUGGCUUCCUGCAUCAGUACUUUUUGUGGGCACUAUUUAUGCUGGCUCCAGGGCACUGUCUAGAUUGCCAAUCCCAGUGUUCCUCACUGUGCACAACGCGGCGGAAGUCAUAACCUGUGGGUUCCAGAAGUUUGUGCAGAAAGAGCAGAUCUCUCAUCUGAAAGUCUGUAGUGUGCUGUUCCUCCUGGCAGCAGCAGUGUGCCUUCCUUUGUGUGACACACAGUUUGAUCCAAAUGGAUAUUCAUGGGCUCUAAUUCACUUGAUCUGUGUUGGGGCUUACAAAGUAUUUCACAAGUUGUGGAAACCUGGAUCUUUAAGUGAUCUGGACCAACAGUACAUCAACUAUGUAUUCAGUGUAGUGCUGUUGGCCUCUGCAUCCCAUCCAGCAGGUGAUCUCUUCAGUGCCUUGGAUUUUCCAUUCCUGUACUUCUACAGGUUUCAUAGCAGCUGCUGUGCCAGUGGACUGUUGGGAUUCUUUCUGAUGUUGCACACAGUGAAGCUAAAAAGCAGCACAACCUCAGGGCAAUAUGCAGCCUGGAGUUUCCUUGCAAAGGUUAUCACUGCUGGCUUAUCACCGUUCUUCUUUGUCAUGACUGCCAAUGUACUAACAAUUUCUUGCCUUGUGAUCGGUGGAGUUGGAGAAGCAUUACUUGUUUACAAUGAAAGGACAGGCACAUAAAGAGGAACCAGAUCUCACCAGCUGGAAAAGAGCUGACUUGCAGCCUAGAGACACUAUCACGAAAAAAAAAGCGGCAGCAGGAAUGAAGAAGUGAACCAAACACGAGGAAAGUGAUCUAUUGUUUUUGUGGGUUUAUUUUUUAAUUAAGAAAAUAACCUAUGCUAUUAAUAGUGCCGGUAAAGGAGCAGCAUAGUUGGCAAAGGUGGUAAGGAGCCUUUACCUCAAAGCACAAGACAAACUAUAUCAGAUUGAUGUGGUAAAAGAAAAACUGCACUGUCUCAUGCUGAUUGCUCUGUGUGAGCACCACUCAGUAGCAGCUUCUUGCACAGAGGACUAAACUCAGGAAACGCAGCAUUCCCCACUGGAUGCCCCCAGUGGUUUUUUUUUUGUUUGAAGCAGACAGCAGGUCAUACCAAACAAUGUCAGAGCCCAGACCCUGCCAUAAAUUCAGGAUCUGGAAGGACGGAUUUUGCCUCCAACUGUGCUGUAAGCAGCAAGCUGCCACACACAGGUCUCUAGUCAUGUUGUCUGAAUGGGCACAGGGACUGAGGCCAAGGGGCUUGUGGAGAUAAUCCCCUUCUGGAACUCUGGCAGCUUGACAGCUUUGCAGAAAGGGAAAAUCAGCAAUAAAUCUCAAUAUCUGUAGUGAUUGCUCUUUGUGAAUUUUUUUCUCUCCCAUUUGCUGAGAUUUCUCUUGAACUCUGCCAAUUUUUGUCAGCUGGAGGGGGUGGAGGGACACAUACUGUUCCCAGCAGUGGUUUGUCUCUUAAAUUAUUGCAAGAGGAAACAAAGAAUGAAUGUCAUAAAGAGUGUAAGGAAAUUAAUCUCAAGAGUUCUUAAAAUAAUUUCACUUCUGGUUGCUUAAUAACUGUUAAAAAUUAAUCUUGAUAUAUUAGAGCCUGCAGUCUAUGUGAAAGUAAUAUUAAAUGAUGAGUUUAUAUUGUGGGAAAGGUCUACAUGGUAAAAGGAACUAGAUAGCAAAGCUUCAAUAAGGAGAGGGACUUGACUCACACGAUGUUAGAUAUGUAAAGUGUAGUCCCUUAAUCUAAAUUGACCAACUUUCCUUCACAGUCAAUGGAAAGAGGGUUGCUCUCACAGAGAUAUCCUUUUGGAUAGAUUACUGCGUUAGGAAGUGCAUAUCGCUCUGUAGAUAGAAACUGGGCGACUAGUCUGAACAAGAUACAUGGUUUCCACAAGGCUACAGUUACCAGAGGAAUAUCUGCUUCAGUGUAAAAAAUCCCACCAAAUGGGCUUGAAAACAUGCCUACAUUUUCAUUUCAAAUAAAGCACCAUAGAGUGAAGGUAAAUUUUA